AUGACGUAACUUCCGACCUGGUUGGUCUUUGGAAAAAAAAAAUGGCUGCAGUGGCGUUAGUAGAGACGUCUUCAAGUAAAGAUGCUAUUGCCGAAGGGUUGCUUGACCUCUUGAGACCAGCUAUCCAGCAGCUCGAUUUGCAUGUACACUCAGUCAGAGAAAGCCAGGUAGAGUUAAGAGAACACAUAGACAAUCUGGCUACAGAGCUGUGCCGGAUCAAUGAACAUCAGAAGGUGGCUCUAGAUCUGGACCCUUAUGUAAAGAAGCUGCUGAACGCAAGACGUAGAGUAGUGCUAGUAAACAACAUACUGCAGAAUGCUCAGGAACGCCUGAGGAGACUCAACCACAAUGUGGUCAAGGAGACGGCACGAAGAAAGACCAUGCUGGAGGCUUCAGGAGUGUUCACCUCUCGCUCCCCCAGUAAACCCUGAGCUGCACAGCAAAUACUGUGAAGUGUCCUAACAAGGAGGGACACAUCAAAACAGGAGACUGUGACACCAGGUGGACAAGUCUUCCUUUGACAUUUAGUUAACUGCAACAUGCCCUGCACUGCUUUGUCUGAUGCUGUCAUAACAAAAGUCCAGGUUGCUGUCUGCUUAGCGUGAGGCAGCUGCAAAUAGCUUAUUGUCUAAUCCUCUGGCAAAAUACGACAGAAUCAGCUUUAUAUUAUCAACAUACAUAAUACAUUCUACCUUACACACAUGUGGUGUGUGCGUGUCCCUGAAUUCUGAUAGACAUUUAUUAAUAAUUCAUUGAUUCAACAGAUAAGUACUUCUACCCAUGACCAAAAUGUUAAAGACUUGUGUCACUCAGCACGCAGGAUAGAUGACGACACUUGGCCUGAGUAGUCUUGUGGACCAAUAACAGAUGCUUGUUUUGCUGCUUGAAGCAUUGUCCUAAUGUUAAAAUAGGUUGUUUUCAUGCUUCUACUCUCUGAAUUUGGAAGAUGGUUGUUCACAAACGUGAGCUGAAAUUAGCUCUCUGUGAAGUGAAAGUUAAAGGGGCUGUUACUCUGUCACUUAGCAUUUGACUAGCUUAGCUGUGGUUUAGAACUGGUCCAGCUACACCGGACCUCUCAGGGGAUAAAGUGUAGCAGCCUGCUGAAAUGUACACAACAACAACCUCAACAUCCCAUGAAUGUAACAGAGAGCUAUAAUACAUCCAUGAGUGCACUAGGAGUAGGUGCCUGAUAGCUAAGCAGCAUGCACUGGAGCAAUAGAAUUAUCACUGUUGGGACUGGUGUUAUUGUGUUCAGCAAUUUUCCACUGUUGCUCACAUCUCCACAUUGUUGUACAAUUAGUCAAUACACAAGUGAAUGUGAUUACGCUGCAAGUGAUGUGUGCAUCAUUAUUUAGAUUCUCACCUAUGAGAGUCAUUUGAUGACCCAAUACAACAUUGAUAAUAGAUUCAGUUGCCCAGGAAUCCCUUAAGUGAGAAGCUGUCGUCCUGCUUUGUUUUUUAUUAUCUGAAAACCUUAUCUUGACAGGACAUGACUACCUGCACUUGUGAUAGUAAUAUUAGCAUUAUUCUAUACUAUUGAGUAUGGUCUGAUAAUACAUGCAUAAUUCUUUAUUCCUGGUUUGUUUCUCAAUUACUGGCAAGCUGACCACAUGUCCACCUUGCAGGCACUGGGUUGGUCAGAUAAUCAGUAACUCCCUUUCUGGCAUCAAAAGUGAAUAGGGGAAGAAUUGUAAUUAUAUAAGUUUGCCACUUGGUACUAGUGUGGCCUUUAAAAUAAAACACUUAGAAAUUAAUAAAAUGAUCUGAGCUGCUUAAAUGGAAGUUUGCGUAAAUUGGGGCUGUGGCAGGUUUAAGGUUAACCUCUUACUCUACUGAGGACCACUCCACUGACCUUUUACAGGAGUUUAGCUGAUUUCUACAGGACAGCAGCUGGUUCAGACUAAACCAAAGGUGCAGCUUAAACUGCAUAUUCUGAGGGCACAGCUAACAAUGGGGUUUAAGUAACCAUGUAACUAUGACCCAGCAAAGAAUACUAAUAAAUUGGUUUAUGAUGAAAAUGAAA